CCGGUUAAGAGAACAUUGAGAUAAACCCUUAUUUUGUUUAAGCUCCGGGAGAUGUUUGAUCGCCGACGCACGGGAGGGAGAGAUGGCACCACAAGGCUUCGUGGAGAAUUAAUGGCCGCUCCUCCUUCUUCUCUCGGAUCCAUUGAAAUCGAUACUCUUGAAGUCUUGAUCAAUUCAAAGCUUUGGUUCCUAUGUGUUCCUCUCUGUUUCCUCAAUGAUCCUAUGUCUCCGUCUCUGUCUCAGAGCUUCGAGAUCUUUCUUCUCUAUUUCUACUACCAACAACAACAAUAACCUCUCACGCUUCCUCUUUCGAUUCUCUACUCUUCCUCAUUGCGCUGCAUCGUCUUCUUCUUCAUCUUCCAAUCUCGAGUCUUAUUACGCUAAUCUCAUUUUGAGCUCUCACGGAGAUAGUAAUAAACCUAAUCGGAAGUGGUCUUCUCAUCAGUUUCGUCUUCUUCUAACUGAUCCAAAUUUGCUUAUUAGAGUCCUCAAUAUGAUUCGGGUCAAACCCGAAAUCGCGUUUCGGUUUUUCAAUUGGAUACAGAGACAGAGCGAUGUGAAGCAGUCAAGGCAAGCUUUUGCUGCGAUGUUGGAGAUUUUAGCUGAGAAUGAUUUGAUGAGUGAAGCUUAUUUGGUUGCUGAGAGGAGUAUUGAUCUUGGUAUGCACGAAAUUGAUGAUCUUUUGAUUGAUGGGAGCUUUGAUAAGUUGAUUGCUCUCAAGCUUUUAGAUCUGUUGUUGUGGGUUUACACUAAGAAAUCUAUGGCGGAGAAGUUUUUGUUGAGUUUUGAGAAGAUGAUUAGGAAAGGGUUUUUACCUAGUGUUAGAAAUUGUAACAUAGUUUUGAAGGUUCUUAGGGAUUCAAGGAUGAUGAAUAAGGCUUCAGCGGUUUAUGAGACGAUGAUUGAGCAUGGUAUUAUGCCUACGGUUAUUACAUUUAAUACUAUGUUGGAUUCUUGUUUCAAGGCUGGUGAUUUGGAGCGAGUUGACAAGAUUUGGUUAGAGAUGAAGAGAAGAAAUAUUGAAUUUAGUGAGGUGACUUACAAUAUACUGAUCAAUGGAUUUUCCAAGAAUGGUAAAAUGGAGGAAGCUAGACGGUUUCAUGGAGAUAUGCGGAGAUCGGGGUUCGCUGUUACACCUUACUCGUUUAACCCGUUGAUUGAAGGGUAUUGCAAACAAGGCUUGUUUGAUGAUGCUUGGGGAGUUACAGACGAAAUGCUCAAUGCGGGUAUUUAUCCAACCACAUCCACGUAUAAUAUUUAUAUAUGUGCUCUCUGCGAUUUUGGAAGAAUAGAUGAUGCCAGAGAGCUGUUAUCUAGUAUGGCUGCUCCAGAUGUUGUGUCUUAUAACACUCUGAUGCAUGGAUACAUCAAGAUGGGGAAGUUUGUAGAGGCUUCUCUCUUGUUUGAUGACUUGAGAGCUGGGGAUAUCCAUCCCAGUAUUGUGACCUAUAAUACUCUAAUAGAUGGUCUUUGUGAGUCAGGGAACUUGGAAGGUGCUCAGCGGUUAAAAGAAGAGAUGACCACCCAACUGAUAUUUCCUGAUGUGAUUACGUACACAACUCUUGUAAAAGGAUUUGUUAAGAAUGGGAAUCUUUCCAUGGCUACUGAAGUUUAUGACGAGAUGCUGAGGAAAGGGAUUAAACCUGAUGGUUAUGCAUACACUACAAGGGCUGUUGGUGAAUUGCGACUUGGAGAUUCAGACAAAGCAUUUCGUCUGCACGAAGAGAUGGUGGCAACGGAUCAUCAUGCUCCAGAUCUGACCAUCUAUAACGUUCGUAUAGAUGGACUCUGCAAGGUUGGGAAUCUGGUAAAAGCGAUUGAGUUUCAGCGUAAGAUUUUCAGAGUUGGUCUUGUCCCAGAUCAUGUUACUUACACCACGGUUAUUCGCGGUUAUUUGGAGAAUGGCCAGUUUAAGAUGGCCAGAAACUUGUAUGAUGAAAUGCUGAGAAAAAGGUUAUAUCCCUCUGUGAUUACCUACUUUGUGUUGAUUUAUGGUCAUGCAAAAGCUGGAAGGCUAGAACAGGCCUUCCAGUACUCCACCGAGAUGAAAAAGAGAGGCGUUCGUCCAAAUGUCAUGACGCACAAUGCUCUUUUAUAUGGCAUGUGCAAAGCUGGUAAUAUAGAUGAAGCUUACAGAUACUUGUGCAAGAUGGAAGAAGAAGGGAUUCCACCAAAUAAAUAUAGCUACACUAUGCUUAUAAGCAAGAACUGUGAUUUUGAAAAGUGGGAAGAGGUUGUUAAAUUGUAUAAAGAGAUGCUAGAUAAAGAGAUUGAGCCAGAUGGUUACACACAUAGAGCCUUGUUCAAACAUUUGGAGAAAGACCACGAGUCACGAGAGGUUGAGUUCCUUGAAAGGCUAUUACUCAGUUGACGAGGAAGCAAAGUUGGUGACUUGGAAUGAUCAUUUUUUUACAUGGAGCUGGCUGGUUCCGUCCCUGAGUGCAUAUGGUCAAAAUUUUAUGACUAGUAUGCACAAUCUAGUUGAUGGCUCAGCUUGAUUGCUAUACUUCUCUACCAGGGGAAACACACUCUGAGCUAUGGCCAGAAUCGAUCCAAUGUUGUUGAAAGCUCUUUUAACUCAUUCUUACACAGCAGGGGCAAAGAGAAUAGGAAUAAAGAUGACCAACACAUAAUUGUUGUUUGCAAAGGAAGUUCACACUCAGUGAAGAAGAUUUCCUGUGUAUUGUUUAAUUCUUUGGACCAUUUUUUGGGAAUAGAGAAAAAUGUUGAAACAUAUAAUUUCAUUUUUGGGAGGAAAAACCAAAAGUACAAAGCUCUGCUUCUCUCAAGACUCUAAGCAUGUUUUAGGUAAACACUAGAUUCACUUCUCUCUCUUUUGUAACCAUUGCCUCUGUGCUCUGUCACAUUUCAUUUCCACUGCAUCAUUUUGUACAAAAUCAUUCGUCACUAUUUCUAUUUAUAUGAAUCAAAUAAAUAU